AUGGCGCUUCAGCUUCUAGCUUUCAUUCUCCUUCUAGGGAGCUCUUUGAGGCUAGAAUCUGUCACUGGUAGAAGGAUUGUGGAGAAUGAGACAGAUCAACUUGCUUUGCUGAAGUUCAAGAAACAAAUUUAUGAUCCGCAUGGAUCAUUAAUUUCUUGGAACGAUUCCAUCAAUUUCUGCCACUGGGUGGGGAUUACAUGUGGCCAUCGUCAUCAACAAAGGGUUAUCAGCUUGGUUUUAAAAGGGAAGGGCUUGGGAGGAAUCAUAUCUCCUUCCAUAGGAAAUCUCACUUUUCUUCAUUUCCUCGACGUUGCAAACAAUAGUUUCCAUGGCAAAAUCCCCCAAGAAAUCGGUAAUUUGGUUCGACUACAUUACAUUGAUUUUACAAACAAUACUAUUGAAGGAGAGCUUCCUACCAGUUUGGUCAACUGUACUCAUCUAAGAGAAAUUCUUUUCUCCUAUAACGAUCUUGUUGGGAAGAUUCCGGUUGAAAUAUUUACGUCUUUGUCAAAGUUGGAGGUAAUUUCUAUUCGUGAUAGUGGCUUAACAGGAGAAAUACCAAAUUGUUUUGGGAAUACUUCCUCCAUCCGAGUUAUCUCUUUGGGUGGAAAUGGACUGCAGGGGAGCAUUCCCGAAUCCCUUGGUCAGCUAACAAACUUGUACUAUCUUGCACUCGAAGGAAACAACCUAUCUGGUAUGUUCCCUGUCUCACUAUACAAUCUCUCUUCUCUUGAAGUUAUUUCUCUCCACCAAAACAAGCUAUCUGGUAUGUUCCCAGCCGCACUAUAUAAUCUCUCAUCUCUUGAAUAUUUGUCUCUUGGACAUAACCAAUUGCAUGGGAGCCUUCCACGAGACAUAGGCCUUACUCUUUAUCCAAAUCUCAAAGUACUAGCAAUUGAAAGCAACCUUUUCUCAGGGAGGAUUCCAUAUUUAUUUUCUCUAGUGUCUAUCCCAUCAUUGAAGUAUGUAGAUUUGUCACAUAACCAAUUCAAUGACAUACUCGAUGGCUUCUCCCACAACACCUGUAGUGGAACUAAUCUUAAGUUUCUUGAUUUGUCCUAUAACAAAUUGAGCGGUAUGAUUCCCAAGUAUUUUGGUUGUUUGGUUGGCAAUCUAAGUGUCCUAAAUCUAGAGCAGAACAACUUGGAUGGGACCAUUCCUGAUGCUUACACCAAAGGAUGCAAACUACAGAUAUUCAAAGUCAAUGGGAAUCGAAUACGGGGGAAAUUAGCAAGAUCAUUGGAAAAUUGCAAGGAUAUGGAGGUGUUAGAUGUUGGGAACAACCAGUUGAGCGGCACCUUCCCCUUUUGGUUGGAAAACCUACCCCAAUUGCGUGUUUUGGUUUUGAAAUCUAACAAAUUCUAUGGCCCCAUAAUACAAAAAUCAAAGGCUGUUGAUUCUCAUUCGCCCUUCCCAAUGUUGCAUGUGUUUGAUAUCUCUCUAAACAGAUUUACAGGGAAGUUGCCACUGGAAUACAUUUGUCAAUGGAAAUCAAUGUUGGAUACAUAUAUACCUCAACUGGUCAAUUAUAUAGGUUCAGAUUCUGGCUAUCAAGUUACACUCGAGAUUGUAAUCAAAGGAAUAAGUUUGGAGAUGGAGAAGGUCAUAGAAACAUUCACCACCAUAAAUCUUUCUUACAACAAGUUUCGAGGAAAUAUUUCAGUAGCAAUUGGGGAACUUAAAGCACUCAUGGGGCUCAAUUCAUCUGAGAAAUACCAGCUUCUUUUGGGAACAUUUCCUCCAUCCGAGUUAUCUUUGUGUAACAAUGGACUGCAAGGGAGCAUUCCGGAAUCCUUAACUCUUCUAACAAACUUGUAUCUUCUUGUACUUGAUGGAAACAACCUAUCUGUUAUGUUCACUAUCUCACUAUACAAUCUCUCAUCUCUUGAAGAUAUUUCUCUUGGACAAAACCAACUGCAAGGGAACAUUCCACGAGACAUAGGCCUCACUCUUCAUCCAAAUCUCAAAAUACUUAUACUUGGAAGCAACCUUUUCUCAGGGAGCAUUCCAGAUUUAUUUUCUCUAGUGUCUGUCCCAUCAUUAAAGUAUGUAGAUUUGUCAGAUAACCAAUUCAAUGACAUACUCGAUGGCUUCUCUCACAACAUUUGUAGUGGAACUAAUCUUAAGUUUCUUGAUUUGUCCUAUAACAAAUUGAGUGGUAUGAUUCCCAAAUAUUUUGGUUGUUUGGUUGGCAAUCUAAGUGUCCUAAAUCUAAAGCAGAACAACUUGAAUGGGUCCAUUCCUAAUGCUUACACCAAAGGAUGCAAACUACAGUUAGUCAAAAUAAAUGGGAAUCAACUAGAGGGGAAAUUACCAAGAUCAUUGGAAAAUUGCAAGGAUAUGGAGGUGUUAGAUAUUGAGAACAACCAGUUGAGCAGUACCUUCCCCUUCUGGAUGGAAAGCCUACCCCAGUUGCGUGUUUUGGUUUUGCAAUCUAACAAAUUCCAUGGUCCCAUUACACAGAAAUUAAAGGUUGCUGCUGACUUUCAUUCUCCCUUCCCAAUGCUACAUGUGUUUGAUAUCUCUCUAAACAGUUUUAUAGGAAAAUUGCCACUUGAAUAUAUUUGUCAAUGGAAAUCAAUGUUGGUUGGAGAUAUAUCUCAACUGACCCAUUAUAUAAGUUGGCAAAAUACAGGUUUUCUUGCAGAUUUUACCUAUCAAGUUACGCUCAAGAUUGUAAACAAAGGACUAAAUUUGGAGAUGGAGAAAAUCAUAGAAAGAUUCACUAUCAUAAAUCUUUCUUACAACAAGUUUCGAGGAGAUAUUUCAGUCUCAAUUGGGAAACUUAAAGCACUCAUGGGGCUCAAUUUAUCUGCAAAUGACCUCAUAGGCCAAAUUCCAUUUUCACUUGCACGGUUAAGCAGGCUUGAGUCCCUAGAUCUUUCUAGAAAUAGCUUAUCAGGGGGAAAUCCCCCAACAAUGGGGAAGCCUCACAUUCCUUGA